AUGGCAUCAUUAACCAAUAUCAGAAUUGCUUUAAUCCAAAUGACAGUUGGUAAAAAUAAGUUGAAAAUGUAGCACGUGCCAGGAAAAUGAUUUCCGAAGCCAAACAGAAGGGUUGCAACUUAGUAGUUCUUCCGGAAUGUUUCAAUAGUCCCUACGGAACAAAAUACUUUGGAGAAUAUUCUGAAGAAAUCCCAAAUGGUGAAACCUGUAUUGCUCUAUCAAAAGCUGCUAAAGAAAAUGAAGUUUUUCUUGUUGGUGGGUCAAUCCCAGAAAAGGAUAAUGGCAAAUUGUUUAAUACUUGUACAAUAUGGAAUCCUCAAGGCAGUUUGGUUGGAAAGUAUAGCAAGAUUCAUCUCUUUGAUAUUGAUAUACCUGGUGGCGUAACAUUCAAGGAGUCCGAUAGUUUAUCACCUGGAAAAAAUAUUUCUGUCAUAGAUGUAGGUGCUUGCAAAAUAGGAAUAGGAAUAUGCUAUGAUUUGAGAUUUCACGAAUUAGCCACCAUAUACAAGGAUUUAGGAGUAGAUUUACUUCUUUACCCUGGGGCCUUUAACAUGACUACAGGACCAUUGCAUUGGGAACACCUCAUCAAAGCUCGAGCUGUUGAUAAUCAAGUAUUUGCUGCUGGUAUUUGUGGGGCAAGAGAUGAUUCUGCUGAUUAUGUUGCUUGGGGCCAUUCAGUGUUAAUUGAUCCUUGGGGAAAGGUUGUUAGCAAAGCUGGUGCUGAGGAAACCACACUGAUCGCUGAUAUAGAUUUAAAUGUAUGCAAGGCUAUAAGGGAACAAAUCCCGAUACGAAAACAGCGGAGAACUGAUUUGUAUGAAACGUUGUACAAAGGAAAAGUUCAAGAAGGGAGAAAAAAUUGUGUGAUUUCAAUAAGGAGUGGACUAUGA